GGAUUGCGGAGCAUCAGCGUGGAGAGCACCUUGCCCUGAUCAUCUGACGGCAGACGGCUCCUCCCCGCUGCCUCCAGUCUGCCACGCAAAGCGGCGGCUCGGCCACAACUCUGCACGCGCAUCUCUGCCCGGGCUCGUCUGCGUAACCGGGAGACGGAGGCGACUUGGCCCACUUUGAAUCCGCACGGACUCCGCUCCUCGCCGCGGUGUCCGCUCUGGCGUGAGUCCGUGAUGAGCGCAUCGGAGAGCGCGGACGGACGCGUUUUCCCCUCCGUGCACCGGCGGUGCGCAAAAGUGCGCGCCGAGGCGUCUCGGCGUCUUCCCGAGAAAUCAGCCCGAACCCAGGAGGCGCGCUGAGAUCCCCACCGGAGCCGCUCGUGCGAGCACCGACUCCAGCUCUCCGCCAGCAACCGUGCAUCAGCGUCACGGGAUGCAAAUCGCCACAGGUUGAGGCGUGUGGGUGUUGGCUUGAAGCGAACCGGUGCCGGCGCCGUAGCUGCAGGAUUUCUCCAAGGCGCGAGCCGGCGUUGGGGCUGGAAUGUGCCGUGGACUGCCGAUGAUUUCUCCUCGUCCUCCUGUUCAUAUCCAGCGGCAGACACGGACUGCGCUUCCCACUGCUCGCGUUUACAUUGACCUCAGAGAGACAGAUCUGGUCCUCAGCUAAAUCUCGAUCCCUCCCUGGCACUCCUCACCACCACGAUGGCUUGUUUCCUGGCGUCUGCCUUUCUCCUGGUUCUCCAGACACAUGCUGCCCCACCUGAUCCUCUCCAGGUGGGGUUUGGCCUCGCGCUGGACCCACAGCGACAGCGAUCCAAUUUCUCGGGAGACGUGGCUUCACCCCCUCCCCCGGGCGCCAGUAAAAGAGCCCCGCACAGCAUCAUCAUAGGGGUGCGCAAGGGGGGCACGAGAGCGCUGUUGGAGAUGCUGGACAUACACCCCGAGGUCGCCGUCGCUGCCACCGAGGUGCACUUCUUCGACUGGGACGAGAACUACGCCAAGGGCCUGGAGUGGUACCGAGACCUGAUGCCGUACUCCUACCCCAACCAGAUCACGGUGGAGAAAACGCCGGGCUACUUCACGUCGGCCCUCGCGCCCGAACGCAUCUGCGCGAUGAACUCCUCCGUGAAGCUGCUGCUGAUCCUGCGGGACCCGGCCGAGCGCGUCAUCUCCGACUACACCCAGGUGUACUUCAACCGGCUGGAGAACCACAAGCCGGUGCAGGCCAUCGAGAACCUGCUGGUGCGGAACGGCGCCCUCAACGUCCGCUACAAGGCCAUCCAGCGGAGCCUGUACGACGUGCACAUGCGAAACUGGCUGCGCCGCUUCCCCCUGGAGCAGGUGCACAUCGUGGACGGGGACGCGCUGAUCCGCGACCCCCUGCCCGAGCUGCAGAAGGUGGAGCGCUUCCUCAACUUGCCGCCCCGGAUAGCCUCCACCAACUUCUACUUCAACCAGACCAAGGGGUUCUACUGCAUCCGGAGCGACGGCCGCGAGCGCUGCCUGCACGAGUCCAAGGGCCGCCCCCACCCGGCCGUGAACGCCACCGUCCUGCAGCAGCUGCGCUCGUACCUGCGGGAGCACAACCGCACCUUCUUCAGGCUGGUGAAGCGCACGUUUGACUGGCAAUAAGGGAACCAGAUCACAGACCGGACCGAUAAGGGGCCAUGAAGCACUUUAGCCACAUUUCUAAGCCCCUGUCAGCAGCCUCCUAAUAACUUCCGCUGCUCACGUGAUGAGGCAAAACAUAUGAAAAACUGUUACUGGAGGCAUAAGACUUAAUGGAAAAAAAAAAAAAGACUCAAGCUUAAUAAGUCAUUCUGUCUGUGCUGGCAGCGUUUAAGUGAUCGAAUCGCAGCGAAAACAAGUUUAUGAACCUGACGAACUUCUUUUCCUCCUUCUCUUCUUUGAUAUUCUCGUUCUUGAUAAUAAAUUGUUUCGCCUUCAAACGUA